GUCCUAUUCCAAGUUCCAACCUUUUGUUGCCAACACGAUGGAAAUCCUACUCUCGCUUAGAAACGCGCGAGGAGUUGACCAAGAACAUAGUCUGUUCACAAAAAUGUCUAUGGCUCUGCGUCGUUACCUCUUCGGUGGAGCGAAUCACAUCACUGCCCAUCAUACUCACCACCUUCUGAAACCCAAAAUCGGAUAUUGGGCGCCAUUUAAUCACAAUGCUUUGGUCCCCCCACUUGUUCUUCAUCAACGUUUCCACUCCUCCAUGGAUCUUCCGCCUCUUCUUCUUCUUCUUCUUCUGCGGCAAACCCAAAUUCAGUUUCACUAUUAUUAUGUGGUGGCACUUGCAUUUACAAUGGUGCCCGGAUGGAUGAUUGGAUUAUCAGACUCGCCCAGUUUGCAGUAGACCAGUACAAUCACAAAGAGAGUAAGCAUCUGUGAGGGUGGUGGGGGCAAGCCGCACUAUGGUUUCUAGCAUGUUGUACCAUAUUACACUGGAGGCCAUGAAUGCUAUAGGCCUAAGAUUUACCAUGCAAUUAUUUGGAUUGCAAUAUUAAAGAAUUUCAUGGUGCUGCUUGUGUGGAAGCCCCUUGUCUACUCUUGGGGUUAAGUCUGGUGAUUUGAAGUUGCAUGAAGCUGCUAUGUAUUACAAGAAUCAAGCAAAACAAGAUCGCUUCCUCACUUGAAUUUAUGAAGCCUACAUUUUUUGUGCAUUUGUGUCUUCAUUGGCUAUCUAACCUUCAAAUAUCUUUGAUACACCUGGCGCAUUGCACUCAUAUACAAGGAUAGAGAGCUGUCCACUUUCACACCCCCCUCUCACCUAUUGUGUCAGCAGCCACCAUUCUGAAGGGAUUGGAAGCUCAAACUCUAAUAUGGAGAGCCUUGGAGCGAGAUUUUAUGCAGGGUGGGCUUUGAAUUGUACGACACAAUUUAACAAAGCCAGAUGGAAUCAAUUUUGGAAAGCAGUGUUAAGCCCAAAAGUUCUUAUUAGUAAUCCAAAUCAUUAUAGGUUUAGCAAUCGUUUGCUUUUACUUGAUCAACGAGGAAAAGGCUUUGGUUUCCUAUGGGUUUCCUUCAUUACUCUCAUCUCUUAUAAAAGAACAUAAUGUGACUCCCCAUAAAAUUUGACGAGUACCUCGAUUUCAAGCGGCAUUGUUGGAUCAUCUCAGGUGUUGAGUAGUACUGGGUUUUUUUGACCAUUAAUUGAAAAGAGUUAAAGAUCGAUGGGGAUCAGCCUUGAAGAUUUGAAAAGGAGAGAGUAUAGCGAGUCUUUUGAUGAACUUUUAGCAAAAGCUAAAGAAUUUGCAACAGACCGAGAGGAAGCACUUGAAAUUUUGAGAAAUUGGAUUUUGUAUGAUUUGAGUUGUAGAAAAUCCACAAGAGAAGAAAAAAAAUCGACUAAUAUUGAUCCGAAGGAGAAGGCUGAAAAUCGACGUGACAGAUGCAAAAUAGUGAUCAAGAAGAUGAAAGCUAGCUCUACGAAGCCAUGCAAUGAUAUAAGAAAAGAUCUGGUCCCUUGCAAUGACGAAGAUGAAGAAGCUUCCCAUCCUUCUUCUUCAAGGAAUAAUGAUCAGCAGAUGAAAAGGAAGCAUAGUCCUUAUGCAUGCUGCUCCAAAAUUAGUGAAGAUCAAGAUAAAUGUUUCAAUAAACUCAAAGAAGCUUCUUCUCCUCAUUCUUCUACAAGGAAGAAAAGGAAGAGCCAAAGUAUUGAAGAUCAACAUGCAUGUUACUAUACGGUCUAUAACUAUGCAGGUAAAGCUGGCAAUUUGAUGAACUUGAUGGAGACGCAGAAGAAGGUGAAGAAGCCACGAGCUUUACCAUUUGAUGGUCCACCACCAGAGUUGCCUAUGGAUUUAAGAAACAAGAUCGAAUCCCUGCAUGGCUCCGAGCCCAAACUAGUAAUACAGAAGGAGAUUACAAAUACUGAUGUGAACCGUCAUCAUGAUCGUCUGAAUAUGCCGAGGAACCAAGUACUGACCAUGGACGUUCUCAAUGAACAGGAGCGAAAAAAGGUUUUUGAACAUGGUUUGGAAGUGAGAGUGAUACAACCAUGUCUAGAAGAGAGAAACUUACAGUUAAGGAAGUGGAAUUCGCACAACGGCGGCUAUUCCUAUGUCUUAAACAGUGGUUGGAAAGAUGUUGUUAGUAAGUGUGAGGAUCGUAUUAGGCCUGGUAAUACAAUUCAGGUUUGGUCAUUCCGAGUUGAUGAUCGCGGAGAGGUCUGUUUUGCCCUUGUGUGCCAUGGGCCAACAAAACUGUAACAAGAUGAAAUUAGCAUUUUCCUAGUAGAUCACGAAAGUCAAACUCAAAAUCUCUCAUCAACAAAAGGAAACUUACGCCACUAUAUCAAAUUGCGAUCAUUAUUGUUAUUGAAU